AACAGUACAGGCUAGUAGCUCGCACAGCAAGUUGCCUCACUGGCGAAUAUAUAUACGCCUCUUCCUCAUCAACCUCUUCUCCAACCUCCUCAUCGCCGCAUAGAAAUUCCACCGAACACAUAGCGAGCAAGAAGAGGAGGAGGAGGAGAAGCGAAGGAGACAAGGAAACAGCGCGACAUGCCGUGCAUCCCGGCGUCCAGCCCUGGCAUCCCGCACCAGCACCAGCACCAGCACCACCGGGCGCUAGCAGGCGUCGGCAUGGCGGUCGGGUGCGCGGCGGAGGCGGCCGUGGCCGCGGCGGGUGUCGCGGGGACGAGGUGCGGGGCGCACGACGGGGAGGUGCCUAUGGAGGUGGCGCGGCACCACGAGCACGCGGAGCCAGGGUCGGGGCGGUGCUGCUCCGCGGUGGUCCAGCACGUAGCGGCGCCGGCGGCGGCGGUGUGGUCGGUGGUGCGGCGGUUCGACCAGCCCCAGGCGUACAAGCGGUUCGUCCGCAGCUGCGCGCUGCUCGCCGGGGACGGCGGCGUGGGCACGCUCCGCGAGGUGCGCGUCGUGUCGGGCCUCCCCGCGGCGUCCUCCCGCGAGCGCCUCGAGAUCCUCGACGACGAGAGCCACGUCCUCAGCUUCCGCGUCGUCGGCGGCGAGCACCGCCUCAAGAACUACCUCUCGGUCACCACCGUCCACCCGUCCCCGUCCGCGCCGACGGCCGCCACCGUCGUGGUGGAGUCCUACGUCGUCGACGUGCCCCCGGGCAACACGCCCGAGGACACCCGCGUGUUCGUCGACACCAUCGUCAAGUGCAACCUCCAGUCUCUCGCCAAGACCGCCGAGAAGCUCGCCGCCGGCGCGAGGGCCGCCGGCUCGUGAGCGCUCUCCACCGCCGGGCCACCGAUCGUUUUUUUCCGGGCGGAUGGAUGUGUGUUUCUUCGGCGCGUGAGAGCUUUCUCCUUUUUUUCCCCCUUUUUCCUCUUUGGUUUCUUCACAUUUGACCCCCUCUUUUUUUUCCUCUUUAUUUUUUUCCCUCGUUGUUGCGAGAGACACACAAACACCAUCCACCCUUGUCCAAAAAGAUUCAAGAAAUGACAUGUAUAAUUGACAGCCUGCAAUUCCAUUUGUAUGCUCGAGUUGGUUGGUGUAUUGAGUACAUACAUACAUAUACAUAAACACGAUAGUAGUAUUAGAUAUUUAGAUCUGUUCUCUGGCACAAAUUUAAAGUGUACGUUCGUAUUUAAAGUUGUGCUACAUCUAUACAGCAAAUGCCAUUCUGUGUGUGUGCACUAAUUGGCAAGCAAUGGGCGACACCCCUUCCAUUGGCAGAUCGGUCCAUCAAACUAUAGUGUUUGUUGGAGUAAUUUGCACACCUACCUUGUAAUAACGCGUCCAAAAAUAAUGACUCGGACUUGAACGCCUGGUCGAAACAGAUACUGUUCGCCGCAUUAAAACUCUCUCUCCCCCAAUUCCAAACCGUGAUCUCCUCCUUACCAGUGAUACCAUAACUCUCCAUAAGAUGUACUGCUCCUUUCGUCCCAUAAAACUCAAUUCUAGAUUUGAA